ACAGAAUAUGACAGAGUUGAUUCCUGAUUUGUUAGCUAAAGGUGCUGAUGUGAACGGAUCUGGAUUUGAGAACAAGCAACCAAGUAUUAUGCAUUAUGUCCCAGCCUAUAUCAGCAAGAUUCCAGCACGAAUCUCAACAGCUAAGAAGCUCUUGGCUGCUGGAGCUUCAUUGACCUCCGUGGAUGAUAACGAGAGAACGGUUCUCCAUAAUGCUGUCAAUAUGGAGCAGUCGAAUGUAACUACAGAGUUUCUUGAACUCCUACUGGACCAUAAUGUGGAUGUCUUUGCCCUGGAUGCAGAUGGAAGACUUCCCCUUCAUUAUGCAAUCUACAAGUGCAGCAUGUAUGGGAAACAGGGAGGACAAUUUGAUAUGUCACUUGGCAUAGAUCCCAUAGAGACUGUGUCACUAUUGGUAGAUGCUAUGGAGGGAAAGGAGUUGAAUCGAGUGGAUAGCAUUGGUCGAACUCCUCUACACUACGCUGCAUACAGAGGAGCAUUGAACUCUGCUAUGUACAUUGAUGAGAGGAUUGAUGACUUUGACAUGGAGGAUAAAUUUGGACAUACACCGUUAGCUUUAGCCGUAUUAGGCUGUGAAGAAAGCAUUGCCACAUGGUUGAUCCACAAAGGAGCUGACAUCAACAAGAUGUUAAAAAUUGAUUUGGAUGAAAGCAAAACCGCUCCCCAGAAACAGCUCUCAAAAGACUACUGGAUAUGGAAGCCCCAAGAUAUUCCUGAGAAGCCUAAAUCAAAGAUUGAGGCCUCUUUGUUUCAUGGUAUCGUCCAUGAACGUUGGCAAGGUGCUGUGUACGUCAUGAUGAAUAGAAUCAACAAGUUUGGCAUCUCCUAUGUCAAUGCUAUUGAGGCCGUGCUGUCAGAUCAGCAGUUUCAACUAGCGUAUGAACUCGUACGUAAACAGCGUGAUUCAAACAAACUGCAGUCAACAAAUAACAAAGAUCAGAACCUUCUCCAUGUACUGGCAAUUCAUGCUGAUAAAGGAGCUGCAUCAGAGACCAUCAUUACGAUCACAACAUCUCUCCUUGAUCAUGGUGUGAAGUUGUUUGCUAAAGACUACAAGGGAUGUACUCCAUUGCACUAUGCUGCCAUUAAUCUCAACAAACACGUGUGUCGUAUCUUCCAAGACAAAGUCCCCUCUGAUUUUAAGCAAUGUUUGACAUGCGCUGACGAUCAGGGAAGAGUGCCCCUGGUAUCGAUGUUCUGGGGUCUGACAUUUCAAGACAGUUCUAAGACCAUAAUCGAGAUGCUCCAGGAGAAUAAGUCAAAUCUUGAUGUUGAGGGACGUCUUCCAGAUGUCAGGAUCCUCUCCCAUGAGAAGAGGCACAAGUGUGACUCCUUAGAGGAGUGGUAUCAUGAUCUACCAUUAGAGAAAACCAUUCAUGUAACACCGUUAAUCUUCACUAUUCACAUGAACUCAUUUGAAGGGUGUCAGUUUCUACUGAAGAAGGGAGCUGAUCCAAACCAAGCUGAUAAAGAUGGUGUGACGCCAUUGAUGCACGCAAUCAUACAGAAUGAGAUAGUUCUUGUGAAUGUGCUACUGAAUCAUGAAUACGAUCCACUUAAAGCAGGGAAAAAGAAGAUAAGUGGUGACGACACAUCACCACUGUGGAUAACAAACACCUUGGAUCAAACUAAGUCUAAAGGGAAUAAACAGACCAGAGUAUCCAUCAACGUGAAUGAUGCCUAUGAAAUAGAUGGAAAACAAGACCAAAACAAAGUUCCAAAGCUUCAGAAGACCAGCAAGCUCAAUCUAAACGCUGUGGAUUCAAAGGGUCGUACAGCCAUUCAUUACUUGAUGAAGUCAUGCAACGUUGGGACCUAUGAGAAUGUAGAGGUACUGGAGCUAUUAGCAAGACUAAAAGCCAAGCUGUCAGAGAUAGACGCUGAUGGGAAAACUCCACUAGACUAUGCUAUGGAGUGUGGAUCUCAUAAGAUGGCUGAAGCUCUGCAGAAAUUGACUAAAGUUGCACCACAAAGAAAGGUGUAUCCCAAGCCUGUAUGUUCGGUAUGGUCAGAUGGUAUAAACUCUCCAAUCCCACAGCUGAAUGUGGAUGAGGAUGCCGAGGCCAUGAUUCAACAACUUGAAGCAGAACGAAGCAAGACUAGAGUAGUGGAGGAGUUCAUACCAAAAGUGGAUAAGAAAUCAGGAAUGACUGUUGGAGGAUUGGUUCUAAUGGAUGAAGAUCAGAACCUUCCCUAUGAUGUCAUCAUGACCAAAGUAGAAGCACAAUAUGGCCGUUAUGGGAUGAAUAACUUCUAUAAGAUGCAGAUUAUACAUCAGGUUGCUAAGGAUGUGAAUGUUCUGUUUACUCGUUGGGGUCGGAUCUGUGAUGACGGCCAGUUUCAGAAGACGCCAUUUGGCACCAAAGAGGCAGCCAUUUCUGAAUUCAUGAAGAUCUUUAAAGCCAAGAGUGGGAAUGACUGGACUAGUGUAGCCAAUUUCCAGAAGAAGCCCAGUAAGUACAUGUUGGUUCAGUCGGACCCUGCAAGAGCUCAUCGAAAUAAAGCAAUCGGUGAAUUCCGCUUUAACUUGGAGUCUCCCGUACCAUCUAAACUACCAGAAGGAAUCCAGAAUGUCCUUUUAGAGCUGACGAGACCUCAGACAUUGAAGGAAGCCAUGAUGGACACACACAUCGACCAUGAUGUCAUGAACUUCAGUCUCCUUCCUAAGGAUGUAUUACUGAAGGCACAGGAGAUCUUAAAGCAACUCGAGGAGAAGAUACAGAAAGCUGAUAAGGACCGACAUACGAUUUCUGCUAUCGAUUAUCAAGCUGCUAUGGAAGAGAUUUAUGCGUUGAGCAAUGAGUAUUUCCACUUAAUUCCUCAAGAGAAUUUUGCUCAUGAUCGUAUGAAGCCACUAACGGACAUCUAUUCAUUACCUGAACACCAGAAGAAUCUUCAGAAACUUCUAGAACUUGAGAUCACAAACAGGAUUCUACUUGGUGCCACGAACAGGAAGGAAGAGAUAAAUCCUCUAGACUACAUCUAUCAUGCCUUGGGAUGCAAAGUCAAAUUGAUGGACAAAGAUGAUGUAGAGACACAACUCAUCCUUCAAAAUAUACACAACACAUGUUGCAACAACCACCCUAAGAUUGAAGCAAUCUUCAGGCUAUCUCGUCUCGGUGAGGAUGAGCGAAUAGAAUCUUGCAACAUGAGGAAUCAUAGACUCUUAUGGCAUGGUAGUAGCACAGUUAACCUUCUGAGUAUCAUGAAGCAAGGGCUGCUUGUAUCACCCAGGGAGGCUGCCAUCACGGGCAGUAGAUUCGGAAAGGUUAGUCCAUCUAAGAACAUCUCUCAGGACUUGAAAUAA